CUAUAACAUUUUAUGUUUUUAUUGUUAUUCUUCUUCUUGUAUUCGGCGUAGCCAUUGCAAUUUGCGAUGGAUGGAGAAGUGAGACUCUAGAAACAACACUAGAGUCGCACGUUCUUACCAUUUCACAUGUUUUCAUGGAUCGAAUGGCUGCUAACGGAGAUACCUUGCAAAAUUCCCGACUUUUGAUCGUCCGAGUUUCAGGUUACCUUGGCAGAGAAAACAAUGGUUUACAGCACGUAUUGGGUAUUCAAACCACAAGAGUCGAUUCUGUAAGUAGAGCUUUUGCCUUAUUCAAACAUGCACACAUCUAAUAAAAUGUACUCCCUUUUAUUAUCCCCCUGGCACUUGAAAAUAUGUAGAAGUCAAUUUAGCUGAAAAUUAUGAGACUCUUUCACUUACCAUCGAUCUACAAGAUGGAGGUAGAGAACAGAAGAAAUUUUCACGAAUUUCUUCGUCUUCACAGUAAUUACAGCCAUGGUAACACCAUCAGGGAUACUGCACGCAGUACUUAUUUUUUUAUGUUAGAAGAGUGUGGAAGGAAAAAAUCUUUACCUGAAGGCCAGCGAGUUCAUGCCCACAUGAUCUUAACUGGUUUGUUUAACAUAAACACUUACUCUGCAAAUCGCGUAUCUGACAUGUAUCUCAAGUGUGGAAAAUUGAGAGAUGCACGUAAGGUGUUUGACAAAAUGCCUGAACGAGACGUGUACUCAUGGACUAGGAUGGUUGCUGGCUAUGCCAAAAGUGGGUGUUUUGAGGAGGCGCUGAAGGUUUUUGAUGAAAUGCCUCAGCGUACAGUGGCCGUUUGGAACGCAAUAAUUGCAGGGUAUGUGCUGCACAGAAAGCCCGAGGAGGCUGUUGAAGUAUUCAGGGAAAUGAAGCGCACGGGUACAAUGCCAGACCAGAUUACGAUUUCUAGUGUGUUAAGUGCGUAUUCAAGUCUAGGAAGCUUGGAUGAUGGCAAGAAAACUCAUGCUCACUCAAUCAAAGCUGGCUUUGAUUCAGAUGUGUUUGUGGGUAGUGCUUUUAUUGAUUUGUAUGCCAAAUGCGAGAGUGUAGAGGAUGCACGCCAAGUGUUUAACAAAAUGACUGAACGAAAUGUGGUGUCAUGGAAUGCAAUUAUGGCAGGAUAUGUUAGAUGUGGAAGGGUAGAAGAUGCACGCCAACUGUUUGAAAUAAUGACCGUAAGAGACAUGGUUUCAUGGACUACGAUUAUUGCAGGAUGUGCCCAAAAUGAGCUGGACGGUGAGGCGUUACAACUUUUUUCGGAAAUGCAGAUGGCAGAUAUCGGUCUCGAUGAAGUCACCCUUGUUAGUAUUCUCAGUUCUUGUUCCACCCUCGGUACUGCUAAACAGGGCAAGCAGGUACAUGCCUAUGCCAUCAGAACUGGUUUUGAGUCAUUUGUAGCUGUAAGCAAUUCCCUUGUUACCAUGUAUUCUAAUUGUGGGAAUACAGAUUAUGCUUUCAAAGUUUUUGACAAAAUGCCAAUACAAGAUGCAUUUUCAUGGACUGCAAUGGUUGCAGGAUAUGCGAAAUACGGUAGCAUAGAGGAUGCACAACAACUGUUUGACAUAAUGCCUGAUAGAAACGUUGUUUCUUGGAAUGCUAUGAUAGCAGGAUACGCACAGCAUGAACCCAUUGAGAAGUCUCUGACACUCUUUUGUGAACUUCAACAAACAGAUGUAAGACCAGAUCGGGUUACCUUCACAUCUGUUAUAACUGCAUGUGCAACUCUAGCAGCGCUGGACUUUGGAAGGCAUGUCCAUGCCUACAUUAUCCAAACUGGACAUGCAUCCGGUACCUCUAUUGGUAAUGCUCUUGUAAGCAUGUAUGCUAAAUGCGGGAGCAUAGAGGACGCACAUAAACUGUUUAGCGAUAUUAAUGAACGAAAUACAGUAUCAUGGAAUGCAAUGAUUUCAGCAUAUGCACAGCAUUGUUACAGCGAGGAGGCCUUAAACCUUUUCUAUCAGUUGCAACACAUGGGCAUGAAGGCAGACCAGUAUGCCUUAGCAAGUGUACUUACUGCAUGUUCCAGCUUAGCAACUCUGGAACAUGGCAAAUCUGUUCAUGUUCACAUAAUCAGAAAUGGGUUUGAAUCAUAUAUAUAUGUGGGUAAUGCACUUAUUACCAUGUAUUCCAAAUGUGGAAGCAUAGAGAUUGCAUCCCAAGUAUUUAAUAGAAUGGUCAAUAAAGAUAUCAUAUCAUGGAAUGCCAUGAUUGCAGGCUGUGCUCAGCAUGGAUGUGGUAAAGAGGCUCUCAAAUAUUUCGAAAAUAUGCUUCAGACCGGCAUGGAGCCAGACCACAUCAGUUUUGUUUCUGUCCUCUCUGCAUGCAGCCAUGCGGGUUUAGUCGAUGAAGGGCAUCGAGUAUUUCACUUGAUGGGCCAUGAUUAUGGUAUAACCCCAACAAAAGCCCACUACGUCUGCAUGAUAGACCUUCUUGGCCGGGCUGGGCACCUCGAAGAAGCAAGAGACUUGAUUAACACCUUACCUUUCGAACCAGAUGCAAAUGUAUGGGGAGCAUUUCUUGGUGCUUGCAGAAUGCACGGCAACAUUGAACUCGGAAAACAUGCAGCAGAGUGUCUUUUUGAGUUGGAACCACAAAAUGCUGCCAAGUAUGUGCUGCUAGCAAAUAUCUAUGCUGCAACUGGCAGAUGGGAUGAUGUAGCAAAGGUGAGAAAACUGAUGAAAGAUAGGGGAGUGAAAAAGCGGCCAGGAUGCAGUUGGAUUGAAGUCAAGAACAGGGUACACGUAUUUGUUGUUGAUGAUAAAUCUCAUCCACAAACAGAUAAGAUCUAUUUGACUUUGGAAGGACUAGUGAAACAGAUGGAGAUGGCAGGAUAUGUGCCUGACACCAACUUUGUAUUGCAUGAUGUGGAGCUGGAACAAAAGGAGCAUGCACUUCAUCAUCACAGUGAGAAACUUGCUAUUGCUUUUGGGCUUAUCAACACAAUCCCUGGACUACCUAUUCGAAUAAUUAAGAACCUUCGUGUUUGUGGGGAUUGCCACACUGCAAUAAAGUUCAUCACAAAGAUUGUAGAUCGUGAAAUUAUUGUAAGAGAUGCUUACCGUUUCCAUCAUUUCAAGGAUGGGUUUUGUUCUUGCGGGGAUUAUUGGUAAUACUAAAUAAGUAAGAAAUAUACAAAGAAGAUUUGAACACAGUAUCAUUUAG